CCCUCCCUCCCUCCCUCCCUCCCCCUUUCUAGUCUGGUUGGCGAACUUGAAAAGCAAACAAACUGACGGUUAAGCCUAAAAAAAAAAAAAAUACAACUCUGCCUCUCUUCUCUCUUCCUCUAGAACCCACCACUUCCAUAUAUAAGCCUUAACAUGAACCAGAAGCUUGGCCAAGACAAAGAAGAAGAGCUGGCCUGGAACUAAGAGUCUAAGACAGAAAUGAAAAUGGUGCAAAAUGGUUUUGUUGGAGAAGAACAAUUGGUGAGUUCUGGUGAAGGGCCGGUGGUUGUUGGGGUGAAGCUUGAUUCACCAAGCAGAGAGCUUUUGACAUGGGCUUUGGUUAAGGUGGCUCAGCCUGGUGACUGUGUGAUUGCUCUUCACGUUCUCGGUAACAAUGAAAUUGUGGAUCGAGAUGGGAAGUCUUCACUUUUAUCGCUUGUCAAAGCGUUUGACUCUGUUCUUGCUGUCUAUGAAGGAUUCUGUAAUUUGAAACAGGUGGAUCUCAAGCUUAAGAUCUGCAGAGGUUCUUCAAUUCGCAAAAUUUUAGUGAGGGAAGCACAAUCUUAUUCUGCUACUAAGCUUAUAGUUGGAACCGCCGCCAAACUCCAUAAAAUCCGUUCGUCGACAUCGGUAGCUAAGUACUGUGCUAAGAAAUUAACAAAGAACUGUUCAGUUCUUGCUGUAAAUAAUGGGAAAGUUGUGUUCCAGAGGGAGGGCUCCCGUUCUCCGGCUAGUAGUUUCGGUUCGCAAGGAAGUGAAGAUCAGAAACGAAAUAGUUUGCUUGAUGCAAUUCAGCGAACGAUGGCAUUAAAUAAGAAUUCUAAAUUACUGAGUGAAGGAAAUGCCAAUGCCGAGACCAAUCUGAAUACUGAUGAAACUAACUACAAAAAUUUGGAGCAGGCCUUAUUAAAAGCCAGUUCGGGCAGCUUGGAGAGUGCUCUAAAGCAAAAUUGCUCGGUUUGUGGAUCCCGUGAAAAGUUGGUGCUGCAUAAUUCUUGUUACCAAUCUGCACAAGAGUCUUCUGGUACUGAUGCUAAUGAUGGAGACAAAUCCUUGGCUAUAAUACCAGUACAAGAGACUGAGGCUCCAUCGUGUUCGAUUUCUAUGUUGAUCAAACAGUUACCUGAAAUCAGACCUGGUUGGCCUCUACUUCGCCGUGCAGUUUUAUCAGAUCGACAACGACAAGUUCCUGAUCGGUCUUCAUUGAGGCAGAUAUCUGUGGUUCAGUGGGUAAUGCGGUUACCCUCUAGAGGUACUUUGUACAUGGACAAUUCGGAACAGAAACAAGAAGGUUGCUAUCAGAGUGAAUAUAAGUCCUCUAAUUUUGAUGGAGAAAGCGGUGCAAUUGUUCCAGUGGGUGUAGAAAAUUUCAUUGCUCAGCGUUCUCCUGAUCACAACUCAAUAAACCUGCCAAAAGAAUUGGAGGGUCUUCAUGAGAAAUACUCUGCAACUUGCAGAUUAUUUAAGUACCAAGAACUCCUCUCAGCAGCAUCAAAUUUCUUGGCCGAAAAUUUGAUUGGAAAAGGAGGUAGUAGUCAGGUUUAUAGGGGUUGCCUUCGAGACGGUAAGGAGCUCGCUGUGAAAAUCCUAAAGCCUUCUGAAGAUGUAUUGAAGGAGUUUGUUUUGGAAAUUUAUAUUAUUACUACAUUACAUCAUAAGAACAUUAUUUCCCUCUUGGGUUUCUGCUAUGAGGAUAACAAUCUUCUCUUGGUUUAUGAUUUCUUAUCAAGAGGAAGCCUUGAAGAAAACCUUCAUGGUAAUAAGAAGGAUCCUGGUGCAUUUGGGUGGAGUGAAAGAUACAAGGUGGCACUUGGGGUAGCAGAGGCCUUAGAUUAUCUGCAUACUAACAGUGAGCACCCUGUAAUCCACAGGGAUGUUAAAUCUUCAAACAUACUACUGUCUGAUGAUUUUGAGCCUCAGCUAUCAGAUUUUGGACUUGCUAAAUUGGCGUCAACCUCUUCUUCACAUAUAACCUGCACUGAUGUUGCAGGAACCUUUGGCUAUUUGGCUCCCGAGUACUUCAUGUAUGGCAAAGUAAAUGACAAGAUUGAUGUUUAUGCAUUUGGCGUUGUGCUGCUUGAGCUACUUACUGGAAGAAAGCCAAUAAGCAAUGACUAUCCGAAAGGCCAAGAGAGCUUGGUCAUGUGGGCAAAUCCAAUUUUAAUUGGUGGGAAGGUUUUCCAAUUAUUAGACCCAAGCUUGGGUGUUGGCUAUGAUCGUGACCAGAUGGAGAGGAUGGUUCUCGCUGCCACGCUUUGUAUUAGACGUGCCCCACGGGCUAGACCCCAAAUGAGUGUGGUUGUGAAGCUCCUUCAAGGUGAUCCUGAUGUGACAAAGUGGGCAAGACUACAAGUCAAUGCCUUGGAAGGAUCUGAUACAUUGGAUGAUGAAGCUUGUCCUCAGUCGAACCUCCAAUCCCAUCUUAGCCUUGCAUUGCUUGAUGUGGAGGAUGAUUCACUCUCCAUGAGCAGCAUUGAGCAAUCUGUGUCAUUAGAGGACUACCUGAAUGGUAGGUGGAGCCGUUCAUCAAGCUUCGACUAACCACAAAUAUACUGGCAAGCUAAGCUGCGAACAAGCAUUCUUCCAUUAAUGAAUUUUUUUUCCCUCCUUGUAUAUUCUUUGGGAUUUUUACACUCUUUUCUUUCAACGGGGCUGCUUACAGUAGGUGUCGGAUGAGAGGUUGUUUGCCUGGUGUGCCCUCCUCCUUCCCUAUCUAUUCAAUCAAUGUUCUGUGUUUGUGGGACUGCUUGCUCAAUUCUCCCCUCAUUUUUUGUUUGUUUGUUUGUUUAUCGUUCUUGAAGGGUUUUGCUCUUUGAUCACAAAUAGAUUAGGAAUGGAAUUUUUUGUGCUGGUGGAAGCUCAUUGUGGUGUAAUCCUGGAUUAUUUUCUCCUAAAGUGAUUAUAAAAGUAAUCAUUGCUCUGAA